ACUGAGGCUGUUGCCGAUGAUACUGAGCCUGAUGAGCUUCCGGUCUUGAACCAUCGUCAACACAUGUUCCGUUUUCUGUCUGCUGUGGGUUGCGGUCGUUGCGGCUUGUCGCUUGUGGUUUUUCCAUCUCGUGUGGUCGUGAUCCUUACCACGAGUCGUCAUGAAGAAGCGCUUUCACGGCAAGAGUAGAGGAGGCAAAUAUUCGGCGGACCGCGUAAACAAGCAAGAGCGGCUGAGCUGCGAUGACACCUCGGACCCGAGACCGGAGAGGGACUCCGACGAUGACGACAAGGGCGAGGAGAGAGUGAGGUGGCCCUUCUCGGCGGCUAUGUGGGAGUUGGGCCACUGCGAUCCCAAACGAUGCACCGGACGCAAGCUAGCGCGCAAGGGUCUUGUGCGGCUGCUGCGACUGGGGCAGCGAUUUCCCGGAGUCGUACUCACGCCGUCGGCUACCCGCUGCUUGUCACCUGAGGACAGGGAAGUGGUGUCACAGCAUGGCGUGGCACUUGUCGACUGCUCAUGGGCACGGCUCGAUGAGGUGCCGUUCGGCCAGAUGCGUGGAGGCCAUCCACGACUGCUGCCCCAUCUGGUGGCUGCAAACCCCGUCAACUACGGCCGACCCCUACAGUUGUCGUGCGUCGAGGCAUUGGCUGCUGCCUGCUACAUCACAGGCUUUGAGCAACUAGCGAGAGAGAGUCUGAGGACCUUCAAGUGGGGACAUGCCUUCCUGGAGCUUAACGAGGAGCUUCUGGAAGCCUACAGUACAGCUGCUAAUGGUGCGGCUGUCCUGGAGAUACAGCAACGACAUUUGGACCAGGCUCGCUGGGACAGACAAAACCGAGGUGACAUGGAGCUGCCACCAACUGACAGCAGCAGCACUGACAGUUCAGAAGAUGAAGCAGCAGAUGAAGCGGUAUCAAAUCAGUCCCAGGAGGAAAAGAUCAUGGACAAAAACCCUGCAGUUGAAUGUUCGCUUGCGGGACUGAAAGCAACAGAGUAAACACAUAUUGUACAGACAACACUUGUUUAAUUAGUGUUCUUUUACCACUUGACACAGUCUGAAUUGGUGUUUUACGGUUUUACUGGCCAGCCAAAAGGUAUGUCCAUUGGCUGGCUUCCCUGCAAACUUUCCUGCUUUUGGUAACAUGGACUCAUUAGUCAUAAGCCAUAGAACCAGAUUCUUUUGCUUUCUUUUUUUUUUUACCUUGAGACAUGCUGAUGUUAUAUGCGGUGCAGCUAUAUCAAUUAGACAGUCCAUUACUGUGACAGCAUUGCAGUGGCUGAAGGGUGUGCUGUGUCUCAUUGUAUGUACAGACACCCACACUUACGGUCUAGAACGCUUGAGCGGUGUGCCGCAAGCCAUAGUCUACAUUUGCCAGCAGCUGUAAAGUUCUAAAUAUUGGGCUUAGAACUUUGUGGCUUGCAUGUCGUAGUGGCAGCCUCUAGACACAAGCAAUGUGUCCUAAAUGCAGCAACUAUGCUGAAAUGACACAGUCUCUUUCUCACAGUGUACUUGCUGAUCAGGAACAUCUGUACCAGAGCGAGGACACAUUAUGAAUUAUAUGGUGAUGUGCUUGUAAAACUUGCAUCGGCUUGGUAAGUUGCAAGUUGAGUCAAAUGGCAGAAUCAUUAACAGUGCAUUUGACUGGCCGCUUUCAAGCACUAUAGAAUGCUCUCGCAGAGUGGUUUACAUUCGGCUAAUCAAAAUUGAGUGCUCAGAGGCACUCUCACCUUUGAGCUGAGAGUGUGACUGAGAUUCGACAGAUUCCUGGUCACGUGGCUAUUCCGAUUGCUCUGGGAGCACCUAGCACAUUUGGCUGGCUUUCUUUGGCUCCAAUCUCUAGAGGGCUACUUUUCGCUACAAACCGAGUUGGAGUGUGGCAGGAACCAGUCGAAUGUACCAUUAGCAAGGCUAUGCAAUGGCCCCACCCCAUAGCAGUAACCCUGAAAGUUGUCUUGCCUGUAGAAAUAAAAUUUUACCUCGUGGUA